AUGGGGGUAGCACAGGGGCAUAAUAUGUGCCCAGAUCCAGGGAUCCCAGAUCGGGGGAAAAGAAAAGGCUCGGAUUUCAGACGCGGGGCCACGGUGCACUUCUCUUGUGACGAGGGCUAUGAACUGCAGGGCUCCAAAAGCAUCAGCUGUCUGAGGGUGACUGACAGCUAUGUGGGCUGGAGCGAUGAGAGGCCCAUCUGCAGAGCUCCCAUGUGCGGAGGACAACUGAAAGGGCCUGGCGGUGUGAUUACGUCACCUAAUUACCCGGUUCAGUACGACAACAACGCAAACUGCACAUGGGUCAUCACAGCUACAGAUCCAACAAAGGUGAUCAAGCUGAACUUUGAGGACUUUGACCUGGAGAGAGGCUACGACACACUGACGGUGGGGGAUGGUGAGGUGGUGGGAGACCAGAAGACCGUCUUCCAUGUUCUGUCUGGAACCACCACUCCAGACCUUGUAGUGAGCACCAGUCACCAGAUGUGGCUCAACUUUAAAACGGAUGACACCAGCGGCUCCCUUGGCUUCAAGGUUUCGUACGAGGAGAUUGACCAAGGCAGCUGUGGAGACCCGGGGAUACCUGCUUACGGGAAAAGGGAAGGCACCGGCUUCAGACACGGAAACAAACUGUUCUUUGAGUGUCUAUCGGCGUUCGAGUUGGUGGGGAAAAAGAACAUUACGUGUCAGAAGAACAACCAGUGGUCUGCCAAGAAACCCAGCUGUGUCUUCUCCUGUUUCUUCAACUUCACCACUCCGUCUGGGGCUCUGUUGUCCCCUAACUACCCUCAGGAGUAUGGGAACAACAUGCACUGUGUGUGGCUGAUCAUAGCAAACCCUGAGAGCCGGAUCAACUUGGCCUUCAACGACCUGAGCAUGGAGAAACAGUUCGACUUCCUUUCCUUAAAAGAUGGUGGAAAGGCUGAGUCCCCUAUCUUGGGCACCUUUUCUGGAGAUGUAGUCCCUCCUCCCAUAACCACCAGUGGACACGUGGCACGACUCGAGUUUCUAACGGACCACACGUACACUGACAGAGGAUUCAACAUCACCUUUACAACAUUUCGUCACAAUGAGUGUCCAGACCCAGGAGUGCCGGUUAAUGGGAAACGUUUUGGAGAGAGCCUUCAGCUGGGCAGCUCGAUCUCCUUUGUGUGUGAGGAGGGCUUUGUGAAGACUCAUGGCUCUCAGACCAUCUCCUGUAUCCUCAAAGACGGAAACGUGGUCUGGGACAAUGCAGUACCUCGCUGUGAAGCCCCUUGUGGAGGUGAUCUGAAGGCUCCCAGUGGAAUCAUCCUCUCUCCAGGCUGGCCUGAGCUCUAUAAGGAGGCUCUUAACUGUGAAUGGAUUAUUGAGGCUCCACCAGGCUACCCAAUCAAGAUCAUCUUCGACAAGUUUCGCACUGAAGUCAACUAUGAUGUUCUGGAAGUGCGAGAUGGACGCUUUCCCUCCUCACCUCUCAUUGGAAGCUACCAGGGGACCCAAGUUCCACAGUUCCUAAUAAGCACCUCCAACUUCAUAUACCUUCAAUUUUCCACUGACAAGAGCCACUCGGACAUUGGUUUUCGCAUACGAUAUGAAACGCUUCAGUUACAGUCGGAUCACUGCGUGGACCCUGGGAUUCCCGUGAACGGACAGAGACACGGAAACGACUUUUAUGUGGGUGCUCUGGUGACGUUUAGUUGUGAGGCUGGAUACACACUCAGUGACGCGGAGCCUUUGGAGUGUGAACCCAAUUUUCAGUGGAGUCGCCCCCUCCCGAGUUGUGAUGCAUUAUGUGGCGGUUACAUCCAGGGAAACUCCGGCACCAUCCUGUCGCCAGGCUUUCCAGACUUCUACCCUCACAACUUGAACUGCACCUGGAUAAUCGAGACCUCCCAUGGAAAAGGGGUCCAGUUCACCUUCCACACAUUCCAUCUUGAGAGUCCCCAUGACCAUUUGUUGGUGACAGAAAACAGCAGCUUCUCUCAGCCGCUCUGGAGACUUACAGGAUCUACUCUUCCUCCACCUCUAAGUGCAGGGCUUUUUGGGAACUACACUGCACAGAUCCGAUUUCUUUCAGACUUUUCUGUUUCCUAUGAGGGAUUCAACAUCACAUUUUCAGAGUAUGAUUUGGAGCCAUGUGAGGACCCUGGAAUCCCACCCUACAGCACCAGGAAGGGCCUUCAGUAUGGAGUGGGCGACGUAUUGAUCUUCUCGUGUUUCCCAGGGUACAGGCUAGAGGGGCCAGCGAGGGUGGUGUGUUUAGGGGGCAGAAGGAGAGUGUGGAGCUCCCCUCUGCCUAGGUGUGUGGCUGAAUGCGGCUCAUCCGUGACUGGCAUGCAAGGAGUGCUUCUCUCACCAAACUACCCUGGUUACUAUGGCAACAACCAUGAGUGCAUCUACUCCAUCCAGACGCAGCCAGGCAAAGGCAUCCAGCUUCGAGCCCGGGACUUUCGACUGGAAGAGGAUGACAUCGUUAAAGUCUUUGAUGGCAGCAGUAAUGAGGCCCGUCUGCUGGGGGUGUUUACAGGCAACGAGCUGCUAGACACAACGCUCAACUCCACCUCCAGCUCCAUGUGGCUGGAGUUCAUCAGCAACGCAGAGAACACCAGUAAAGGCUUUGAACUGCACUUUACAACUGAAUGUGGGGGGACAAUCAAGGAGGAGCCCUUUGGUCGGGUUCUGUCUCCAGGAUACCCAGCACCCUACGAGCACAACCUGCACUGCAUCUGGACCAUCGAGGCAGCUCCAGGAAGCACUAUUAGCCUCCACUUUCUAGUCUUCCACACGGAGGAGAUCCACGACGUGCUCAGGAUCUGGGAUGGACCCCAGGAUGGAGGAGUCCUGCUGAGGGAAUUGAGUGGCUCAGUCCUGCCUCCGGAUGCACACAGCACAUUUAACACUGUCAGCCUACAGUUCACCACAGACUUCUUCACCAGCAAGCAGGGGUUUGCACUGCAGUUCUCAAUUUCCACUGCAACCUCAUGCAACGACCCAGGGAUGCCUACGAAUGGUACUCGAGGCGGGGACAGCAGGGAACCAGGCGACCAUGUUGUAUUUCAAUGUGAUCCUGGUUACAUCCUGCUGGGGGCUAACAAGAUAACCUGCACUGAGAUCAAUGGCCGCUACUUCUGGCAGCCAGACCCUCCCACAUGCGCAGCGCCUUGUGGGGGAAAUCUAACCGGUCCCAGCGGCCUGAUACUGUCUCCUGACUAUCCGGAACCUUAUCCACAUGGAAGAGAGUGCGACUGGAAAGUGUCUGUGCAGCAGGACUACGUCAUCUCCCUCAGCUUCAACCAGUUUAGUUUAGAGCCAAGCUAUGACUUUCUACACAUCUAUGAUGGACCAGACUCUCUCAGCCCAUUGCUUGGUAGCUUCUAUGGUAUCGAUGUGCCUGAGCGGAUUGAAAGCAGCUCCAACACGCUCUUCCUGGCCUUUCGCAGUGAUGCCUCACUCAGCAGCAAUGGCUUUGUGCUGCAGUACACAGAAAACCCCAGGGAGUCAUGCUUCGAACCAGGACUGGUGCGAAACGGCACGCGGGUGGGGACGGAGCUCAAGCUGGACGCCAUCGUAGUGUUCCAGUGCGACAGCGGCUACACCCUGGAGGGGGACGCUACCUUGACUUGCAUCAUGGGAGGCGACGGCAAGCCAAGCUGGAACAAGCCCAAACCAAUCUGCACCGCUCCGUGCGGUGGGCAGUACACGGGACAGGAGGGAGUCGUCUUGUCUCCCGGUUACCCUGGAAAUUACAGCCGUGCAAGGACCUGUCUGUACUCUGUGGUUGUACCCAAAGACUAUGUGGUCUUCAGUCAGUUCGCCUUCUUCCAGACAGCUCUGAAUGACAUUGUGGAGGUGUAUGAUGGCGCCACACAGCACUCCCGUGUCCUCAGCUCCUUAUCAGGGGCACACACAGGUGAAUCUCUGCCAUUAGCGACAUCUAACCAGAUCUUGAUCCGCUUCACGUCUAAAGGCCAGUCAAGUGCAAGAGGAUUCCAUUUGGUUUAUCAGGCCGUACCACGGACUAGUGCCACCCAGUGCAGCUCUGUGCCUGAGCCGCGGAACGGUCGCCGAAUGGGAAACAAUUUUGCGGUGGGAGCGGUGGUUCGUUUUGAGUGUAGUCCAGGCUAUGUGCUGGAGGGAUCUGGGGCCAUUGAAUGCUUAACUGUCCCCAAUGCCCUGGCUCAGUGGAACAGUUCUACACCGAGCUGCAUAGUUCCUUGUGGCGGCAACCUGACGUCUCGAACUGGAACCAUCUUAUCUCCCGGCUUUCCAGAGCCUUAUCUCAACAGCCUCAAUUGCGUUUGGAAAAUUACUGUUCCAGAGGGAUCAGGAAUUCAGAUCCAGGUAAUCAGCUUCGUCACAGAGCAGAACUGGGACUCGCUCGAGGUGUUCGAUGGAGGAGACAACACAGACACCAUGCUCGGCAGCUUUUCAGGGACCACAGUUCCAGCUCUCCUUAACAGCACUUCCAAUCAGCUCUACUUGCACUUCUUCUCCGACAUCAGUGUAUCUGCCGCUGGAUUCAGACUGGAAUAUAAAACUGUCUCUCUGACCAACUGUCCAGAGCCUGUGGUUCCUAUGAAUGGCAUCAAGGUCGGCGAGCGCCUUCAGAUGAAUAAUGUGGUGUCUUUUCAGUGUGAGCCUGGAUACACGCUGCAGGGGAAUUCACAUAUCACCUGUAUGCCUGGGACCGUUCGCAGAUGGAAUUACCCCCCUCCUCUUUGCAUAGCUCAGUGUGGUGGAAUCCGUGAGGAGAUGGAAGGGAUGAUUCUCAGUCCUGGUUUCCAUGGCAACUACCCCAGCAAUAGCGACUGCACAUGGAGGAUCUACCUGCCUGUUGGUUUUGGCGCACAUAUUCAAUUUCUAAACUUCUCAACUGAGGCAAACCACGACUUCCUGGAGAUUCGAAAUGGCCCACUGGAUACCAGCGCUGUGAUUGGUCGAUACAGCGGGUCAGACAUCCCUUCUUCUCUGCUCACGACUUCGCACGAGACCACCGUGUAUUUCCACAGUGAUCAUUCGCAGAACAAGCCUGGCUUUCGAUUCGAAUACCAAGCUUACGAGCUUCAAGAAUGCCCUGACCCUGAGCCUUUCCGCUAUGGUGCUGUGGUUGGAGCUGGGUACAACGUCGGCCAGUCUAUUUCCUUUGAGUGUCUGCCUGGAUAUCAGCUCGUAGGACACUCCAUCCUCACCUGUGAGCAUGGCACCACUCGGAACUGGGACCACCCGUUCCCCAGAUGUGAAGUGCCUUGUGGAGGGAACAUUACCUCAGACAAUGGGACCAUUUUCUCCCCCAAUUACCCAGAGGAGUACCCCAACUCGGCUGACUGUUCGUGGCUCAUCACAGUUGCCCCAGGCUUUGGCAUCAAAGUCAACUUCACCCUGCUGCAGGUCCACGGCCCACAUGAUUUCAUCACUCUCUGGGAUGGGCCACAGGAAACGGCACGGAAGCUGGGUAUUUUUACUGACGGUGAACCCAAUGAACCCCCAAGUAGCACAUCCAAUCAAGUUUUAAUACGAUUUCGCAGCAAUACUGAAAAAGGCGGCCUUUUUCGUAUUAGCUAUCAAGCAUACAGACUGCAGUUCUGCCUUCCUCCUCCCAUCAUUCCGAAUGCAGAAAUUCUCAUGGCGAGCAAAGAGUUCAAAAUUGGCGAUAUAGUCCGCUACAGAUGUCUGCCGGGUUACCUGUUAACUGGAAACAGUAUCAUGACCUGCAGGCUGGGGACACACUUGGAGUUUGAGGGGCCACCACCUUCUUGUGAUGUCACAUGUCCGAUGAAUGAAGUGCUGACGGCCUCCACUGGGAUGAUCAUGAGCCAGUCCCCAGGGAGCAGCUUCCCUCACUUCGAGUCCUGUUCGUGGGUCGUCAAAGUGGAGCCCGGCUACAACAUAACCUUCACUAUUGAGCAUUUCCAGACCAGCAGGCAAUUUGAUGAGCUAGAAAUAUUUGAUGGUCCAUCCAGACAGAGCCCUCUGCUAAUUACAUUAAGUGGAAACUACUCCAACCCCUUGAGCAUAACCAGCUCCAGUAACAAAGUCUACCUGCACUGGUCCUUCGAUCACACGACCAGUCAUAAAGGCUUUCGCAUUCGUUACUCAGCUGCUUACUGCAGUCCUCCCAACAACCCUUUGAAUGGCACCGUUCACAGUCUGACAGGCACCAAGCUGGGCAGCACUCUGCGUUUUAGCUGUGAUCAGGGUUUUCGGCUGAUCGGUCAGAGCAGUGCCACCUGUACCCGCAACGCUUAUGGCAUCUACCAGUGGAACGCACCUGUGCCACUGUGUCAAGUCAUGUCCUGUGGAAUGCCUGUGCCACCUGUCAAUGGCAGUAUUGUUGGGCAGGACUUCUCUCUAGGGAACAGAGCCACAUAUCAAUGCAACCCCGGGUUUAGACUGGCAGGACCCGUGACCACCUCUGUGACCUGCCAGGAGUCGGGAAGGUGGAGCUCAAUCGAAGCACCCCCUAGAUGCGUUUCUGUGACAUGCCCUGACAUUGGACACAAUGCUGUAGAGUAUGGUAGAUGGAGGCUUAUCUACGGGACCCAAAACCAAUAUGAUGCACUAAUGAUUCUAGUCUGUGACCCUGGCUACUACUACAGAGGUCAACGAGUCAUUCGCUGCCAGGCAAAUGGCUCUUGGAACUACCCUGACCCACGUCCUGUUUGUGACAUCAUCUCAUGUGGAGAUCUUGGGAUGCCUCCAAACGGACACAAAAUUGGAACACUCACAGUCUAUGGAGCGACUGCUAUCUUUUCUUGUAACACCGGCUACACUUUGGUGGGAUCCCGGGUUCGUGAAUGCAUGUCCAAUGGUCUAUGGAGUGGGUCACAAGUCCAGUGCUUAGCUGGACAUUGUGGCACGCCCGAGCCCAUAGUGAAUGGUCAGAUCACCGGUGAAAACUACAACUACAGAGGAAGUGUUGUGUACCAGUGUAACCCAGGAUUUCGUCUUAUUGGGGUGUCGGUCAGAAUUUCUAUCACAUGUGGGCAUCCGGGAAAUCCAACGUUCGGCAUGACGCAAGGAAACCAGUUCAAUCUGAAUGAUGUCGUCCGCUUUGUCUGUAAUACUGGAUAUGUUCUACAAGGGUCUUUGAAGUCCACCUGCCAGGCCAAUGGGCAAUGGAGCAACAUUUUGCCCCGGUGUAGAAUUGUGAACUGCACAGAGCCAGGCCAUGUGGAAAACAGCAUUAGGCAGGUCCUCUCCAGUGGGCCACAUCGCUUCAGCUUUCAGACCACUGUGGCAUACCGCUGUAACCCUGGCUACUACCUCUUGGGAACCAGCUCCAUCUCCUGUCAGGGUGACGGCACCUGGGACCGCUCUUUGCCCAAGUGCUUAUUGGUGCUGUGUGACCGGCCCAGCAUGCCUCCGUACGUCCAGAUCUCAGGCGACCGGCGCACUGUGGGCUCGGUCAUCCGCCACAGCUGCAUGGGCCAGCGCACCAUCAUCGGAAACACCACACGCAUGUGCCAGCUGGACGGCCAGUGGAGCGGCUCCCCACCACACUGCUCCGGAGACUCCUCUGGGCUCUGUGGUGAUCCAGGCAUUCCUGUCCAUGGCAUUCGUCUGGGAGAGCAGUUCACUGUGGGCAGUGUGGUCCGCUUCAGCUGUGAACCUGGCUACACCCUGAAGGGCUCCCCAGAGCGAACAUGUCUGGCUAAUGGAACGUGGAUUGGCUCACAAGCGGAGUGCCAUGUAAUUUCGUGCGGAAAUCCAGGGACUCCAAAGAACUCCCAAAUUCUGAUCCACGAUGGCUUAACUUUUUCCAAAUCCAUCUCAUACUCGUGUAGGGAGGGCUACUACUCCACUGGGCUCCUCACCCGGCACUGCACCGUUAAUGGCACAUGGACUGGGAACAUGCCUGAGUGCUCAUUGAUCAACUGUGGCGACCCGGGAGUGCCAGCCAAUGGUGUGAGACUGGGAAAUGACCUGACAUACAACCACACGGUCAGCUUUCAGUGUUCACCUGGUUUUACUAUGGAUGCUGACCGAGCCUCUACUCUCAUCUGCACCAAGGACCGCACCUGGAACGGCACCAAACCACAUUGUAAAGCCAUUGUGUGCGGUCCACCACCCAACAUCCCCAAUGGGCAAGUUGUCGGCACUGAUUUCAUUUGGGGCUCAAGCAUCAGCUAUGCCUGCAACCAGGGCUAUCAGCUCUCCCUGCCCACUGUGCUAACAUGUCAAGGCAAUGGUAACUGGAGUGGAGAGAAACCUCAAUGUUUCCCUGUGUUCUGUGGAGACCCUGGUAUACCAGCCCAGGGCAGACGAGAGGACCGAGGGUUCACCUACCUGUCGUCUGUUUCAUUUUCCUGCUACUCACCAUUUGUGUUAGUGGGGUCUGCCAGACGUUACUGCCAAUAUGAUGGGAUUUGGAGCGGCACGCAACCUUCGUGCAUAGACCCUUCUCACACUACCUGUGGAGACCCAGGAACCCCACUGUUUGGCAAUCAGAACAACACUCAAGGCUUCCAGAUAAGCAGUACUGUAUUCUUCAACUGUAGAAAGGGCUAUUUAUUGCAAGGAUCAAUAUCUCGAACUUGUCUCCCUAAUCUAACAUGGAGCGGCUUUCAACCUGAGUGCAUAGCCCACCACUGCAGUCAGCCUGAGUUGCCUGCCCAGGCUGAUGUAAGGGCCAUUGAACUGCCCUCUCUGGGUUACACUCUGAUCUACACUUGUCAGCCUGGCUUCUACUUGGUCGGAGGAUCAGAGCACAGAACCUGUAGAUCUGAUGGGAGCUGGACUGGAAAACCACCUCUCUGUGCAGCUGAUAACCGGCCUAGUGGGAAGAGCCCUGUGGGGACGGUGCAGGAACCACCCUCGAAAUUGCCAGUCCCUGGCGGUGUAUUUGCCAAGAACUCUCUGUGGAGAGGUUCUUACGAGUACCUGGGGAAGAAGCAGCCAGCCAUGCUCAGCAUCACUGCCUUCGAACCCUUCAGCAACCGAGUUAAUGGGACACUGAUUGACCACAGCGGAGUGGAGCUCAAACUGGCCGGCACUUACAAAAGAGAGGAAGCCCACCUGUUGCUGCAGGUUCAUCAGAUCCGUGGCCCCGUGGAGAUCUUUGUCAACAAGUUCAAGAUCGACAACUGGGCCCUGGACGGACAUGUCUCCUACAUCUCCUCGUCCAACUCCUUUGUGUACCAGGGUUUCGUCAAAGGGAAAGGCUUUGGCCAGUUCGGUCUCCAAAGGCUAGAGAGUUUGGAUCCCGGCAGAGAAAACCCUGGAUACAACUUCGCCUCCAACAGCAGUUCCGUGGCUGCAGCCAUUCUAGUGCCUUUUAUUGCCAUGAUCAUUGCAGGCUUUGCUUUGUACCUCUACAAACACAGAAGAAGACCCAAAGUACCCUUCAAUGGUUACGUCGGCCAUGAAAACACGAAUGGCCGCGCGACCUUCGAGAACCCCAUGUACGACCGCAACAUCCAGCCCACGGACAUCAUGAACAACGAGAGCGAGUUCACAGUCAGCACAGUGUGUACAGCUGUAUAG